CCGAAAAUGGCGAAACUCAAGUUGUGACAUUGACCACCGACACUUAAUUUUUUUCUACAAAAUAUUACCGUGUACCUACGCACAAUAACUAUAAUAAAAUAAUAACAAUAACAAUAAUAGUUAAUAAAUGAAAGUGUGUUGAAACAUAACACGGUUAUUAUUAUAACCGUCAAGUCAUCGUUGCUAGAGUUUUAGUUCGAGAAAUAAGAACACACACGCAAGACCUUAUUUGUGGAGUGUACACCAACUUAGUUUUAUCAACAAAAACAAAUUAUUUAUUAUUACAUUUACAUAUAACUUAUACAAUAUAUAGAUUUGUAUUUAAAUACCAAGAUAGAUAAAGUUAAAUAUCAAACAAGUUUGUGGGGAUGAUUGGAUAAGACACAAUCGAGAUUAUCAUUUAUUGAAAAUGGAUUAUCCUAUUCACAAGUGUAUUUUCCAAGGUGAUAUUCAAUCACUUAGUACUUUAAUAAGGACGCAUAACAUUGCUGAAAAAGAUAAACAUGGAAACACUCCGUUGCAUUUAGCAGUAAUGCUAGGCCGUAAAGAAUGCAUCCAAUUACUGCUCGCCCACGGAGCGCCACUGAAGGUGAAAAAUCUCGCAGGCUGGAGCCCCUUAGCCGAAGCAAUAAGCUACGGGGAUCGUCAAACAAUAUCUUCAUUAGUAAGAAAAUUAAAGCAGCAAGCCCGGGAGCAAAUGGAAGAAAGGCGACCGGACUUGGUGUCGGCGUUACACAAAAUGGGGGACUUCUACAUGGAAUUAAAGUGGGAUUUUCAAAGCUGGGUGCCUUUGGUGUCCAGAAUCCUGCCUUCAGACAUUUGCCGAAUCCACAAAAGCGGCGCGUCAAUUCGCAUGGACACAACCCUGGUGGACUUUAAUGACAUGAGAUGGGAACGAGGCGACAUAUCAUUUAUCUUUAAUGGUGACCAGAAACCCGGCAAGUCUCUGACAGUACUCGACAAUAAAGCCAAGCUGUACCAACGUGUCCGGUAUGAAGAGACGGAGCUCGAGAUUGAAGAUGAAGUGGACGUUUUGAUGUCCAGCGACAUUAUGGCUGCGCAAAUGUCCACCAAAAACAUAACUUUUGUUCGUGCUCAAACCGGGUGGAUAUUCCGCGCAGACAAACGCGAGAUGGUUGGUCCUUUCAAUGCUGACUUUUAUCAGAUUAAUGGAAUGGUAUUAGAGAGUCGUAAGAGACGCGAGCAUCUCAGUGAAGAGGAUUUACAGAAUAAUAAAGCUAUGAUGGACACUUUGACUAAAGGAAAGUCUCAGGGAUUUAUCAAUGGCGAGACACCAAACAGACGAGCAUCUCUAAAUCCUCCUCCAGACUCAAACAUAUCCUGGGAAACUUAUCUAGAAGCGCCAGCAGGUGAGUGUCCGCUUCUCGGCAGGAGCCAUGUGUACAAAGAAAGCAGUAAAGCAUUCAGAGCGACUGUCGCAAUGAGCCCAGAUUUUCCUCUGACUGUCGACAUGCUUCUGAAUGUACUUGAAGUAACAGCGCCCUUUAAACACUUCGCGAAACUUCGUCAGUUUGUGCAAAUGAAGCUACCUCCAGGAUUUCCAGUUAAAAUAGACAUACCGAUUCUCCCAACAGUCACCGCUAAAAUAACAUUUCAAGAAUUUGCAUUUAGGAAUGACAUCAAUCCAGAUUUAUUUCAAGUACCAUCGGAUUACGUCGAGGAUCCUAUGAGCUACUACGGAGCGUAUAUGGCAAUGAUGAUGGUUCUACCAGCUUCUUCAGUGUGAAGAUAAGACUUCUGACUAAUAAAAAAAUAAAACACUAAAAAAAA